UCUGAAUUAGACUUUUGGAAUGGUUACUAUGGUAACUACUAGCAAUGAUCCACUAGAUCCUAACAACUGUGCGGGCUACUACGAAGGAGUACCAACCUUAAGUUUACUUCUCCAGUAUCCACCGCCCGAAUACUUCCCCCUGCUAAUUAUUGGUGCGCUAAUUAUUGUUGGGAAUGCGGUUGUGAGCGUCAUAGCUUGGAGACGCCAGCUUAAGUUCCUGGAGGGUGCUACUUACAUGCCUGCUUUCAGAUCAAUGAUGAUAGUCGCUUCUUUCGGGGUAUUUGGAGUAACAAGUUUCGCUGGUUUGUUCUCAAUGAGGAGCUCAGAAUAUCUGCACUCAAUUGCCAAUACAUUCGAAGUUUUCUGCAUUUUGUUUUUCUACGAGAACAUGUGCGGGUUGUUACGACUGAACGACUUUAUAGACGGGACGGAUAAAUUCAUCCUAGCAGUUGCACCCUGCUGCUGUUGUCUACGUUUCCUUAAACCUGCUCCGGCAACUGAGUACGAACCGUUUAUAAAAUAG